ACCCAACACGGAAGUGACGGCUCGCAUUCGCAGAAAGCGUUGUUUUGCUUCAUCUUCAGCUAACUUUCAGCCAAGUAGACACCUCUUUCACACUCAAACUUCAAAAUGUCUUCAGACUUUGAAGCCUACGAACAGGACUUUGGAACCCUGACAGCAGAAAUAACAAACAAAAUUGGAAGGAUUCCCAAAUUAGGUGGAAAGGAGAAGACACAGCUGGUUCUAAAUGUCGACAAACAGCUUGAAGAAGUCAGAGAAUUGAUGGAGCAGAUGGAUCUGGAGGUGCGUGAGAUCCCCAUCCAGAGCAGAGGCAUGUACCAGAGCAGACUGAAGAGCUACAAGGGGGAGAUGGAGAAGCUGGAGAAAGACUUUAAAAGGUCACGUAUCGCCUACAGUGAUGACGUGCGGAACGAGCUCCUGGGGGAAGACGCUGGCUUCUCGGAGAGUCAGAGAGCACAUCUGUUGGACAACACAGAGAAGCUGGAAAGGUCAUCUCGGAGGCUGGAAGCUGGCUACCAGAUAGCAGUGGAAACCGAACAAGUGGGCCAAGAGAUCCUGGCUAACUUGCACAGUGACCGCGAGAAGAUCCAGAGAUCCAGAGACCGGCUGAGAGAGACCGACGCCAACCUGGGCAAGAGCUCCCGCAUCCUAACGGGAAUGCUGAGAAGAAUCAUCCAGAACCGAGUCCUGGUCUUCGUCCUCGGUGCCACCAUCCUCCUCACCAUCAUUCUGGCCAUCUAUUUCAAUGUGCGAGGGCACUGAUCUCACACACACACACGCACUCUGUCACACACACACACACAAAACACGCACCCGCAUGAUUAAUAGCGACAAAAGUGUUUGCUCUGGAGUAAUUAGAACAAAUGGUGCCCAUGAAUCACUCUUUCUGGGCCCUGACAGGGGUCUCUCUCUCUCUCACUCGCUUUCUCUCUGAGACAGCCCCCCUCUGUGUCUUUUAUUGCUAUUGAUAAUAUUCAUGGUGUCGUCGUCACUGGACUGCGUUUAGCGUUGGAGAUCUAUCUUCUCCCUGGGUAGAGAGGGCCUGUAGGGGAUUUAAAAAGUCUAGACGGGUUCAAAUAUGUACAACUUCCUACUGUUGUUCAUUUGCCAUGUCCAUGGUCUGACCUAAGGUGUUUGAGGGUCCCAUUUCUGUGUGUGUGUGUGUGUGUGUGUGUGUGUGUGUGUGUGUGUGUGUGUGUGUGUGUGUGUGUGUGUGUGUGUGUGUGUGUGUGUGUGUGUGUGUGUGUGUGUGUGUGUGUGUGUGUGUGUGUGUGUGUGUGUGUGUGUGUGUGUGUGUGUGUGUGUGUACGCGGAGCUUUUCUCUCCCUCUGUCAGACCAACUUUCAACACAUCUAGUCUAUUAAGCGCUCGACUCAACUCUUUUGUGUGCAAGAUUAACAUGGGGGCCUACUAUAUGAAUGUAUCCAGCCUACUGACAUGUAGCUCCUAGCUAUCCUCUUUUAUGAACAGCACAAAGGACAGUGCCUUCAAAUAAGAAGUGGUUUUCAGAGUCACCUUUUUCUUUGUUGGCACGGUUGGGCCCGAAUGUUAGAUAUGGAAGAUAUAUACAACCCAUAGAAAAUGCAUGAACAAGUUUGCUUCUGUUUUAGCUCAAGGAAGGAAAAUCCCCCCUUUUAUCCACCCUCGUCACAUUACUGACUCCUAUCACUGUUAUCUGACUGUAAGGGAUCUUAAUAGUGUCCAGACUCCAUUUUGUUUUUACACACAAGACAUUAAUGGAGAAUUGAUAAUAGUAGGCAACAUACUGUUCCAAACAGGUGUACAUACUAUUGUAGAAAAAUGUUUUUGGGGAGAGGGGGGGGUUUCAACAGCAAUUAUAUUUAUUUAUAAACAUUGUUUUAGAAUUGAUGAUAGAUUUUGGGGUUUAGCGUUAAAGAUUAUGUGACCAAUCGUCUUUGGCCGGCGAAUGACAUUUUUUAUUAUAUAUAUAUAUUUUUUUAACCUUUAUUUAACUAGGCAAGUCAGUCAAGAACAAAUUCUUAUUUCAAUGACGGCCUCGGAACAGUGGGUUAACUGCCUGUUCAGAGGCAGAACAACA